AUGGAGGUGAGCACCGUGACCCCAUCUCCAGCCUCACCCAUGGAAGGAGCCAAUCUCUGUGAUACUGAUGUCACCAGCGUGGCCAUACACAGUGUGACACUGCUCAUCUGCCUCUGUGGGUUGGCUGGAAAUGGGGCUGUCCUCUGCCUCUACAGCCUGGAAAGCCGCACCUAUGCAAUCUUUGACCUGGCUAUCAUCGACUUCAUCUUCCUACUCUUCACGGUCCCCUCUGCCCUCCUCUUCCUGGUUGAGGACGUGUCCUGCUCUCCUAUCGUGCCCUUGAUGUAUGUGAGCAUCUUUUUCCAGCUGUCAGUGGUCCCUUAUUUCUGGGGGCUGUACCGGCUGAUGAUCAGCACCACUGUGGUCGAUACUGACAGCCUCUUCCAGCUCUGCUGCCACCAUGAACUUCCCAAGCGCUUGUGGUUGGUGCUGCAAAGUGUCCAACGCUGGGCCUUCUUAGCUCUCUUCACUGUCAUUCCCAUGAUGACAUCCCUGUGCCCGUCCCACGAGCAGGAGCACUGCCGGGCAGCUCUCAUCUCCAUCUACGCUGUCAUCCUGCUCCUCUUUGCUGCACCUGUGGUCAUUUCCAGCGCAACUGAUAUCAUAAGGGCCAGGUGUGGCUCCAAGAAGCAGAAACCCAAGAGGCAACACGUCGUUGUCUUCAUCAUUGUGCUCUUCACUCUCCUCCUCUGCCUAUGCAAUUUCCUGCAGCAGCUCGGAUAUUUCCCUGUGACCCAACAGAUUUUCUUACUGCUCAUCUGCAUCCACAGCAGCAUCAAACCCUUCAUCUACUUCUUGGCAGGGAGGUGCUGGAGUCCCUGCUCCAUAGGGUCCCUCCGACUCUCACUCCAGAGAGUUUUUGUGGAGAAGGAAGAAAAAACUGACUGCAGUGAUGAUGAAAACACAGACACAGUGAUCUGA